UUUUGUACGGUGAAUUGCUUAUCCAGUGGCUACGGAAAGUGAAUGGUGAGAGGAUGAUGGAUGAUAAUGGAGGAGACUGAAGAUGGCUUUGUGUGUUUCAUAACACUCCUUAGAUGAUGUCGCCUCCAUGACUGUAACCAGAAUGGGAUGAUCAUGCUGUGCUGCAAAGACGUAAGCCGUGGAGUCACUGGGGGCACACGCACACUGAGCCCAGUGACAACAGACAGAGAUGUAUCCUGUUGUUGAUCAGACCAGGGGGCAAAGCGCUCAGGCCCAGCUGGACCCUGACAGGUCCCGAACAAGGCAGCAAUGGCAAAGAGAGAUUACCUGGUGGAGGCGGCCAAGCAGAUCCGCAUGGCACUGGACAGCGAGGUCAAUGAAGACUAUGAGGCAGCUUUCAGUUACUAUAAGAAUGGUGUGGACUUACUGCUGAAUGGGGUUCAGUUGGACCCUAACAAAGAUCGCCGGGAGGCUGUGAAGAGGAAGACGACCCAGUAUCUGAAGAGAGCUGAAGAAAUCUUCAUCACACAUCUGCAGGAUAACCUAGGGAAGGGGAGCUCUCACUUAGGGGGUUACAGCAGUCUGAGAUUCCGUCCAAUCAGACACUUGAGUUCACCCGUGGAGGAUCUGGAGAUGUGUAAGGUGGUUGGAGUGACUGAUAAGGUCCUGAUUGUCCAGAGUAUGGUCAAUAAGGAGACAUUUGUCGUAAAGAGUCUGGUCAAGUCAAGCUGGGAGAGCAGGGACCAGCCAACCAUUAUUCCUCAGGGGGUGCCAUACAUGGUUAAGUUGCUAAGAUAUUACGUCAGCGAGGAUGCUGUGUACCUACAUCUUGAGCAUGUCAAAGGUGGGAGGCUCUUCUCCAGGCUGCACAAGCUGAGGAAUGAGAAAGCCAAGGAACACCCAGAAGGCUUCAGCUCUGGCCAGCGCAGCAUCAAGCUGAAGACCAGCUACACCUCUCCCACAAUCAGCACAGACUACCAGCACAUCAACAGAGGAAGCACAGGGGUGAUUCCUGAGAAAUUAACUGAUGAGAGCCCAGAUACGGACUUCCUCACUUCAUGGGAUGAGACUCAGCAGCGUCUGGAGAGCUGCGGGACUCACUCCUACAUCGAGGAGACAGGUUGUCUGCAGAACACACGCUCGGCAGCAUCAUUUUAUACCAAGCUUGAUCGUCUAAGUCUAUAUUCUGGCCAGUCGAGGACACAGGUCAACACCCGCAUCCAUCCACCAGCUCCUAGUUUGUGUUUCCUCUCCAGUGAAACUCAGGAAAAGCCUGCUCUUCCUCUUUCUUGCACUCGUGUCAGUCAAGCUCUUGAUGUCAUGUCAGAAAUCCAUAAAAAGCAAGCUGGAAUGGGACUAAUAGAGUGUAGCUCAGAGUUUGAAGUGGCUUGGAAAGCUGCAGAUCCAGCACAUAACUGUGAGAAAACGAACCCCUAUGCAGUGACUGACAGUGUUGUUCAUAGCACGCUCGGACAAACUGCACCUCAUACAAAUCAGACCUCAUUUCUGAACGAUGGACCGCCAAACAGUGAAAAUAAUGGUUUGAGUUCUUCCCCUGCCAUUUUGCAUCUUCCUCUCCAUUGCCAAACCCAGAUCCGUGGCAGGGCACCAUGGGAUACCAAUGGCCCCAGUCAAGGAUCUGUUUUAAGUGGUAACUCUGCAGACACAGUUACAGACUCAAAGCAAGACAGCAGCAGCCCCACCAUAGAGGAAAGAAAUGGUAUGGUUGUCAUCAGGAGCACAGACAGAGCUGUAUUCUCUGACCACACAGACACAAAAAUGACCUCAGACAGCUCCUGGCCUUCUUUGUCAGGGGUCCCCCUGUCCCUCUCAGGGGUGAAAUACAAAGGGGAAACAUGUUCUAGUGAGGCAAGAGAGGGAGUAGAGGAAGCCUACAAAUUGCUGAGUCCUAGGGAGAAGGUAGCACCUGGAAAAGUGGGCUGGCUCUCUUCUGUCCCUCCUGGAGCCCCAUCCUACAGGAGGGGAGAGGAUAAGGAUGCUUUCUUUAAAGCAGAAGAAUCAGAGGGGCAGGGAGAAGACCAGAUCAUUGAGGUGGAUGGCUGGUGCCACCUGCCUCGGUUCCCUGUCAAGUCCUCCAGGCCUACAGAUAAGGCCAUGCAGACAUGCUGGGGGCUUCCUGAGGCAGAGGUGUGCGUCUGGGGGGCACAGAUCCUGUUGGCCCUGGAGAGUCUGCAUCAGCAAGGCAUCCUGUGUCGGGAUCUCAACCCUAGGAAUGUUCUGCUCACCAGCAACGGAAAGGUGUGUCUGACAUUUUUCGGCCAGUGGAGUGAGGUUCAGUCAGAGAUAAGCUCCAAAGCCAUGGAGCAGAUGUACUGUGCUCCAGAAAUCGGUGGGGUGUCCAGGGUUACAGAGGCUUGUGAUUGGUGGUGUCUUGGGGCCUUGCUGUUUGAACUUCUAACAGGAAUGCCACUGUGGCAGCUCCACCCAGCAGGAAUCCACUCUCACACUCAACUGCUCAUCCCCGACCACCUGAGCGCUGCAGCUGCAUCUCUGCUCACGGAGUUGCUUCAGUUCGACGCCGGCUAUCGCUUGGGUUCUGGAGGUGGAGGUGUGAGUGACAUCAAGUGCCAUCCCUUCUUCAGUAGCAUCUCCUGGAAAGCUCUGAGCUGCUAGCAGGUGUGGUCGCUGCACCUCUGAUUCCUCUGUACUCGUCAGGAAGGGAAAAUGAACACUCUCUUCUAAUCCAAGCAUCCUUGUGUGGCCAAAUUGGAUGCAGCACCAGAUCUUGCUUUCCUUUGCAUUUUGUGCUUCCCAAAGAAAAAUGACACAAUAAAAAUUGAAACAUGAAAAAAACUG